AUGCCACUACCACCAAGUCUAGGCAGGAAAUGCCUCCCAUAUAAUCGCUUCUCUUUGAACACUGUACAAGGGUAUCCAAAAGAACAACUAUUGCCUGGUGUUGAAGAUCGACACUUUGUCGCUGAUUGUGUGGUAAUGUCGAAAGGCCAACUCACCAACGAAAGAGAGACAAUUGUAAUCGAGCAGUGGCAAAACGAAGGAAUUAUUGAAGAAUUUGACGAAGAUGAACUUCGUCGCGAGAUUGCGAAAGACCAGAAGGAGUUGGAUGAGAUUUGCAAGGAUAUCGAGCGUAUUGACAUCAGGUGCAGAGACUGGGUUGCCCAUUCUGUCGAUGUCGAAGGCUUGGGGAAACCAUGGCCUGAUCUAGUGAACUCGUCAAGAGAACAUCGUUUGAAGAAGGAGGCACUUGGAUUGGUGCUCGACUAUCUCUUGGAUCGCAACAAGUGCCCUUAUAUUGGCCUUGGGGCAUAUCAUCUUACGGAUAUGAAAGGGAUUAUGCUGUCAUGUACCGAUCCCACUAAUCCCGAGUUGCCUUGGGAUCAAAUGAUGAAUUGCAUGAGAAAAAAGGAGAUUGAAGGAAUCAUUGGCAACUUUGAUAAACUUGGAUAUGCAAAACAUAAAAGAUGGAAUUUUCUUCUUGGCGAACAGUGGUUCCGUGAGUCAUUCGGAGCAAACAUUGCUACGCAAGCCGUUUCCAGCGUUUGUAGUCACAGCAGAGGAAAAAAUAACCUCACCAAGGCGGAGCUCGUUCAUUACCUCAAGGUGCUCGUUGGCGAUGCUGAACGACCUCUUGAACCUACGCUUCCUGCAAUUCAAGCAGAAUCGUCAAUCCAGUAUUCCAAGCAAGCCGCUGUCCCUGGUCCACCCCAACUCAUCACGGAAUCCUCGCAACCUGAUCAAAAAGUGAUUGUCCCUAGUGCUGCUCCCAACACAGGCCAAGCAAUUAUUUCCAAUGAAGACUUCCAGCGAUUCCAGGAAUGGCAGAUUCACAACCGUGCUUCAGCCUCUGACGCCCAGCCUGGCGCUGAUUCGACCCGAAAUGUCCAUAAUCCAAUUUCUCGCGGCACAUGGGCUACUCGUCACCGCUCUUCUGACGAGUCUGAAGAUAGUAUGAAUUAUCUUGUCUCCAACGCCCAGCCUGGCGCUAGCUCGAGCCGAAACGUCCGUGGCACACCUUCUCGCGGUGCAGAGCCUCCAGGUCGAUAUUCCCCCUAG